CGAUCGAUGGAUCGACUAGAAUUGACUCGUUGAGGGAAACGGGGAGAGAUAGAGAGAGGGACGAAAGCUGAAUCGAAGAGUUCUUUUCGUUUUGGUAUUUCUUUGUUUCAAGUCGGAAGAAAAUCAAUCAGAGCAGGGAGGAUGGCGGAACACUUGGCUUCGAUAUUCGGGACUGAGAAGGACAGGGUGAAUUGCCCCUUCUACUUCAAGAUCGGGGCUUGCAGGCACGGCGACCGGUGCUCCAGGCUCCACACCAAGCCAACCAUCAGCCCCACCCUCUGCCUCUCCAACAUGUACCAGCGCCCCGACAUGCUCACCAACCCUGCCCCACAGGCUCAGCCCAACCCCAACCUCGAUCCUGCUCACAUCCAAGAACACUUCGAUGAUUUCUACCAGGACCUGUUUGACGAGCUCUCCAAGUACGGCCACAUCGAGAGCUUGAACAUCUGCGACAAUUUGGCCGAUCACAUGGUGGGCAAUGUGUACGUUCAGUUUAGAGAGGAAGAAGAUGCCGCCAACGCACUUCGGAAUUUGACCGGAAGGUUUUACUCAGGGCGCCCCAUUAUUGUGGACUUCUCUCCGGUCACAGAUUUUCGUGAAGCUACAUGUAGACAGUAUGAGGAAAAUGUUUGCAAUCGGGGGGGCUACUGCAAUUUCAUGCAUCUGAAGAAAAUUAGCAAGGAUUUGAGGAGGAAAUUGUUUGGGAGAAACAGACGACGGCGUAGCCGCAGUCGAAGCAGGAGUCGCAGUCCUGCUAGGUACCGUGGUUAUGAGGAACAUCCUCGUGGCGGUCGUGGUUUUGGUAGAGGUGGCGGUCGUGGUUAUGGUAGAAGAGACGAGGACAGAGAUUUCCGCUACCAUGAUAGGGGCAGGAGGCCUAGAAGCCGCAGUCCUGGACGUAGAGGGGAACGGAGUAGAAGCCCUGGGGGAAGGAGGAAUAGGAGUCCGGUCAGGGAAAGUAGUGCUGAAAGAAGAGCUAAGAUUGAGCAGUGGAAUAGGGAAAGGGAACAGGUGGACUCUGGUCCGAAGAACAAUGAGGGCAGAAUUGACGAUGACAGGAAUGGUUUUGCACAGAACAGUGAUGAGUAUAAUGACCCUGAGCAGCAGCAGCGUGGCCAAUACGAUUAUUAGCCAAAUUGGGUGUUUCUGGUUUGUCCCAGUUCUCUUUUUAAAGAUUGAUCAGAAUUUUUGUUUCUUGGACAUAGAAUAUUGUUCUCUCUUAUACAGCCUAUUUAGAAAGUGUAGCUUACUACCCAUUUCCACUGUGCAGGCGGAGUACAGGUUCUCUGUCAUGUGUUAUUGAAAGUAGAAUUCUGUUUCUUUUAAAGUUUUUCUCCCCCUUCUAUACAAAAAAUAAAAAAGAAUCAAAUAGGUGAUAAAAUAUAGAAUUGCGAUUUUGGUGCUGCAAUGCAUUUGUUAUGCUUUAAAUUUCACUUCCAAUCUUAAUCAGGUAAUUGCAUUCAUUUUCUUUCUAAUAAUAUUUUGUUUUUCGUUCUUCAGUUGAAUGCUACUUUUAUGCAUGUUUUAUGUGAUUACAAAGUGAUUUUUUAUUUUUUAUUUUUAAUGCUAAGGGGAAUAGGCAUGUUGCUAGGUAAGUUCUCUUCAAGAUUAGAAGGCCUCUAUAAAAAAAACAGAUAUAGUUCUUGGGGCAAAA